AUGGUCUGGGGAAUUAUCACCAUGUGCCUAGGCUUCGUGCGUAAUUUUGCGGGCUUUGUCGCCGUUCGCGCCAUACUCGGAGUAGCAGAGGGAGGACUGUUACCUGGCAUGGUACUCUACCUGUCUUUCUUCUAUAAACGUUCUGACUUAGCCCUUCGCAUCGGCCUAUUCUACACGGCGGCAUCAUUAUCAGGGGCUUUUGGAGGUAAAAACUUAGCCUCCUUCCGGGGCUCUUGGCUCGAGGAUUGGCAGCAAUUGGACCACGAGGCGGUCUUGAAGGUUGGCGUUGGAUUAUGA